GUGAUUACCUCGUCAAAAAUUACAAGGCGCGUCUGUGAGAAGCGCUCGUGCUUUGUGAAAAUAGUCUGAACUCUAAAAUAAACAAACAUGUCUUUUGACAAUGUUUCAAGAGAUCCUCCUGACAUAGAAGCACUUUUGAGUCUUAAUCCUAAAGUCCCUCGCUUUGCAAGCACCGUAUCCACAGAGACGACUAGGAAAGCACGCAAGCACUGGAAAAGAAACCAAGACAAGUCUUGUUCUUCUUGUGCUAGCAAAGAGAAUAAUUUUGAUGACAUAAAGCACACCACAUUGAGUGAGAGAGCAGCAUUACGUGAAGCUGCCCGAUGCCUCAAAUGUGCUGAUGCCCCCUGUCAAAAGAGCUGCCCUACUCAACUGGACAUUAAAGGAUUCAUCACCAGCAUUAGCAAUAAAAAUUAUUAUGGUGCUUCAAGGUCUAUCUUUUCGGAUAAUCCUCUCGGUCUUACCUGUGGUAUGGUGUGUCCAACCAGUGACCUUUGUGUGGGCGGUUGUAACCUUUAUGCAUCUGAAGAGGGUCCUAUUAAUAUUGGAGGACUACAGCAGUUUGCAACUGAAGUUUUUAAGAAGAUGAGGGUGCCACAGAUAAGGGAUCCUUCCUUACCAGCUGUUGAUUCAUUGCCCGAGAGUUAUAAAUCAAAAGUUGCAUUGAUUGGGUGUGGUCCAGCCUCCAUCAGCUGUGCCACGUUCCUUGCUCGUCUUGGCUACAGCGACCUAACAAUAUUUGAGAAAGAGAAAUACAUUGGAGGACUAAGUUCUUCUGAGAUUCCUCAGUAUCGUUUGCCGUAUGAUGUCGUCUCAUUUGAAGUUGAACUCAUGAAAGAUCUUGGAGUUAAAAUUGAAUUGGGCCGAUCAUUGUCAGCUGGUGAUUUGACGGUUGAAGGUUUACUAAAGGAGGGCUAUGAGGCAAUAUUUAUUGGAAUAGGUCUCCCAAAUCCUAAAGUUGCUCCAGUUUUUAAAAGUCUCACGUCAGCUAAUGGAUUCUAUACUUCAAAGGAUUUCCUACCUCUUGUUUGUAGUACCAGCAAACCAGGGAUGUGUUCUUGUUCCUCUAGCUCCCUCCCUCGUCUCAACGGGAACGUGAUUGUUCUGGGGGCUGGUGACACUGCCUUUGAUUGCGCCACGUCGGCACUGAGGUGUGGAGCGAGGAGAGUUUUUGUGGUAUUUAGGAAAGGAUUUACGAACAUGAGGGCAGUUCCUGAAGAAGUUGAAUUAGCUAAAGAGGAGAAAUGUGAAUUUCUACCAUUUUUGUCUCCGAAACAAGUUAUACAGAAGAAUGGGAAGAUUGUUGCUAUGGAGUUUUGUCGUACGGAACAGACUGAUUCUGGUGAAUGGAUCAUUGACGAAGAACAAGUGGUGAAAUUAAAAGUCGAUUAUGUCAUUUCCGCUUUUGGUUCUGAGCUAUCAGAAACUGAUGUUAUAAAGGCAAUGUCUCCCAUAAAGUUCAACCAGUGGUCCCUCCCUGAGGUCAAUAACGACACAAUGCAGACCAGUCUCUCUAAUGUCUGGUGUGGCGGUGAUCUUGCUGGUCUUGCUGCUACUACUGUUGAAGCAGUUAAUGAUGGGAAACAAGCCUCCUGGCAUAUGCACUGCUAUCUACAGUCUCUCCAUGGUCUUUAUAUUCCGCCUGAGCCAAGUCUCCCUCAGUUCUUCACUCCUAUUGAUUCCGUUGAUGUAUCAAUUGAAUUUGCUGGCCUCAAGUUUGAAAACCCUUUCGGUUUGGCGUCUGCCACUCCCACCACUUCUAGUGCCAUGAUACGUCGAGCCUUUGAGGCUGGCUGGGCAUUUGCUGUCACAAAAACUUACACACUUGAUAAGGAUAUUAUAACUAAUGUGUCUCCCCGUAUUGUCCGUGGUACCACUAGCGGCCAUUUGUUUGGUCCUGGACAGAAUGCAUAUCUCAACAUAGAACUGGUGAGUGAAAAGACCUGUGCAUACUGGCUCCAAUCCAUCAGGGAAUUGAAGAGAGACUUUCCUAAUAAGAUUGUUAUUGCUAGUGUUAUGUGCGGUUUUUCUAAAGAGGACUGGACCAUUUUAUGCAAAGCUAGUGAGGAAGCUGGUGCUGAUGCUCUUGAAUUGAAUCUAUCGUGCCCUCACGGUAUGGGAGAGAGGGGAAUGGGACUAGCUUGUGGCCAAGACCCGGAACUUGUCGUUGAAAUUUGUUGCUGGGUUCGUGAAGCAGUGAAAAUCCCAUUCUUUGCAAAAAUGACGCCAAAUGUGACAGAUAUUGUUGACAUUGCAAGAGCUUCUCAGGAAGGUGGAGCCACAGGUGUAACAGCUAUCAAUACAGUAUCAGGUCUAAUGGGUGUGAAAGCUAAUGGUAUCCCAUGGCCGGCAGUCGGUAACGAAAACAGGACAACAUACGGUGGCGUUUCCGGUAACGCCAUUCGACCGAUUGCUCUUAGAGACGUGUCGGCCAUAGCCAGGGCCCUACCAGGAUUCCCUAUACUAGCAGCUGGAGGUAUUGACUCUGCUGAGGCCGGGCUUCAGUUCUUGCACUGUGGAGCUACUUUAUUACAAGUUUGUAGUGCUAUCCACAAUCAAGAGUACACACUGAUAGAUGAUUAUGUUACUGGACUAAAGGCCUUACUCUACCUUCAAUCUGUCAGCGAAUUAGGUGAUUGGGAUGGUCAGUGCCCGCCAACCGCAAAGCAUCAAAAAGGGAAAGUCAUUACACCAAAAAUAACAGAAAUUAUUGGAAAAAGUUUACCAGAGUUUGGCCCAUAUCUUAAAGAGAAGGACCAGUUGAUUUCCGACUACAAGAAAUCAAUUACUCCACUCACUGAGUUCAGCCCUGAAACUCACAGACCUUCCUAUAAGCCAAGCAAGCCUGUACCAGCUGUUAAAGAUGUUAUAGGUCGUGUUUUACCAAUGAUUGGUGCUUGGGGUGACCUGGAUACAAAGCAACAAGCUGUUGCCCUCAUUGAUGAAGACAUGUGCAUCAACUGUGGGAAGUGUUAUAUGGUUUGCAAUGACUCUGGAUACCAGGCCAUUACAUUUGAUAAAGACACUCACCUACCCCACAUUACAGAAGACUGCACUGGUUGUACACUGUGUGUCAGUGUCUGUCCAAUUAUUGAUUGCAUUACUAUGGUACCAAGGACAACUCCCUAUCAACCAAGGCGUGGCAUACCACUUGGGGUAGCACCUCUUUGAAAUAAAGAUUAAAAACUAAAUUUUUUGUGAUGGAUAUUAAUUAUUGUUUUGAUACUCAAACUUGAUAUAUUAUUUAAUAGUAGGUGUUAUAAAGGAAAAUAUCUUAUAUCUUUUUCUUAGGCUUUUGUUGUCAAAUCUAUUAGAUGUAGCAUCUGUUGCAUUGUCUUUUGUUUUUUCCUUCAUUGAACUAGC